CGAGGACCAGGGGGCUCCCGGCAAGCAACAUGACUAAAAAGAAGCGGGAGAAUCUGGGCGUCGCUCAAGAGAUCGAUGGGCUGGAGGAGAAGCUGUCCCAGUGCCGGCGGGACCUGGAGGCUGUGAGCUGCCGGCUCCACAGGGCAGAGCUGAGCCCCGAGGACAGGAAGUCUCUGGAGGAGGAGAGGAACAGCCUAAUGAACAGAGCUUCCAACUAUGAGAAGGAGCUGAAGUUGCUUCGGCAGGAGAACCAGAAGAACAUGCUGCUCUCGGUGGCCAUCUUUCUCCUCCUGGCCCUGCUGUACGCACACUGGACCAUGUCCCACGUCUACCUGGAUCAGCUCGAAGAACUUAGACUUUGGGUCUGAAGAAGAAGGAGCAACUCGAGCCUGGUCCGGAAUCUGG